GGGAGGAGCCUGUUGCCUAACGCUGAACUUGAGACUGGUAAUACCGACUGUGCUCACAAGUAUAACGGGGUGCAGGUCAACAACGCAGCAUUUGUGAUUUUUCCCCUUGCGCGCCAGCAGGCCAAUUCCUAGAGGCGCAAGAUGAAGGCCAUUUCUGUAGUUGUUUUUCUGAUGCUGGUCGUAGCAGGCCAAGGUGCUCGCGACAACAAAGGCACGGAGUUCAUCCUGACCUUCACGGAGAACAUGCAGCGUGACCUGAACGAACCCAGGCUGUUGGUGGCGGGAACUACUCAGACGCCCGCCACAGUCACUGUGGAGGUCCCUUCCGCGGGGUUCCAGCAAACCUUUGACAUCAAAUUCGGGGAGGUCAACACCAUCAAUCUGCCACGUACUGGCGUGGAGCUUCGCGGGAGCGACAAACAGAACACCGGUAUCCUCGUAACUGCCACCGACGAGAUCGUAGUUUACGGCGUCUUCGCUGAACGGGCGUCUUCUGACGCCUACCUGGCCAUCCCCACCGACGUGCUGGGGACCGAGUACUUCGUCUCCUGCUACGUCCCGAUUAACAACCAUCCGUCACAGUUCGGUAUCGUCGGCGUCAGCGACGGGACGACCGUGAACAUCGUGCCGACGAAGGACGUGACGUUUGGCGGGACAGCGUACACGGCCGGACAGACCAUCACCGUCACUCUGGACCGUCUGCAAACUCUACAAGUACAGAGUGAUGCCGCCGACUUGACAGGGUCCAAGAUCACCUCCGACAAGAACGUCGCUGUCCUGAGUGGAAAUCUCUUCGCCGUCGUUGGUAACGGACACACUGGAUCAGGAGACCACAUCGUGGAGAUGAUUCCACCCGUGGACACCUGGGGGAAGGAGUUCGUCACCGUGCCGCUCGCCAAGAGGACAGCAGGGGACCUUUUUAGGGUCAUCGCAGCUAGGGACAAUACGCAGGUCGACAUCACAGGCAAGAACACCCACACUCUGAACGCUGGUGAGUACUGGAAGUUUAGUGGCGAUUCGGACGAGUACCUCCAUGUCGUUACAACUGAACCGGUGCUCCUGAUGCAAUACAGUAAGACCGCCGCCGCCGACAACACAGCCACCGACCCCUUCAUGCUGAUGAUCCCGCCCCUGCAGCAGUUCGCAGCCGACUACACCUUCGCCACCACUCAGCUGCUAUCGGACCCCAGCUUACUGACUCACCACGUCAACAUUGCGAUACAGGAUUCUGAGAAGGCCGGGCUGCGUCUGGACGGCAACCCUCUCGACGCUAGCGUCACCUGGACGGCCAUUCCCGGUACCACCAUGUCUGGGACCCGCAUCGACAUCCCCGAUGGCACCCACACCCUGGUCCACACCUCCCCCAUCGUCACCUUCGGCAUCUCCGUGUACGGCUUCACCAGCCCCGAGUCGUACGGCUACCCGGGCGGGCUCCGGCUGGCUCAGAUCGCCGCGCCCUGCGUGGUCUCCGCCACCGUUCCCGGGGAUGUCAUCGAUAACGACUGUGACGGCCGGAUUGACGAGGAGCUGGCCAACGGACUGGACGAUGAUGGAGACGGAGCAAUCGACGAAGAUCUGGCAGCACAGGCACCAGUUCCGUGUGAGAGUGACAAGGACGACUACAAGGACUGUGUGCAGCAGGAGCUGUCCAACUGUGUCGUCACCGCGCUCCUGAGCAGCGGAAACAACCGGGACAACCGCGUCAGGAGGGCUGCCGAGGAGACAGAGGACUUCGCUGGAGAGCCAGAGACUGAGGAGUUCGUCGUGGCCGCCAUUGCUGUCGUCGUCGUGGGUGUGGUCAUGGUCGUCGUCAUGGCGAUGACGUAUCACUUCCAGAAGAAGCGCCUCCUGGCGGCUUGAUUGGCUCAUGUUCAAGAUACUAGUACUCCAUCUUUGAACCUCACAUAUCUAUGACUAAUACCUGUUGAAUAAACUAAUCAGAAGUUGUUGAUACUAAUACCUAAUACACACAUAAAUAAACAUACUAAAUCGUA